UCUUCUCUUCUCGCGAGAGGUUGUGUGGGGCGCGGCCGAGCGUCGGGGCCUGAGCGUCGGACGCCGACCAUGGCGGACACCGACCCCAAGACGGUGCAGGACCUCACGGCUGUGGUGCAGACGCUCCUCCAGCAGAUGCAGGACAAAUUCCAAACCAUGUCCGACCAGAUCAUUGGAAGAAUCGACGACAUGAGCUGUCGCAUCGACGAUCUGGAAAAGAACAUCGCCGACCUCAUGACGCAGGCAGGCGUGGAAGAGCUGGAGGGUGAAAACAAGACGCCCGCUACCCACAAGAGCUGAAGGUGAGGCCGCUCCGGUGAAGUCUCGAUAGGUCGCUAAAAAUUUGCAGUGAAUUCUGGAAUGUUUUUUUUUACGAGCCAGAAGUAACAGAACAGCUCUUUGCUAUUAACUGCUGUGUGCAAGGUGUUUUUAUAUUGUUAUAGAGCUUGCCUUCCUAGCGUAUACUAAAUAGGUAAAAUUUCAGACCGGUCGAUAUUUUCGUUUCUUGUACGUGGUAGUUUCACUUACAGUGGGCAAAAUAAGUUAUGUUAUUAAACUAACGCUGAAACUGUUCAAUUUUUGGGUGUAUUUUUUCGUGAAGCCAUGUUUUUCCCGUCCUCGAUCUUCUGUAAUGAUCUCAGCUUGAUGGCUAAAAUUGCCGUUGGUAAUUUUCCCUAGAAACGUAUUAACUUUUCGAUGGUAGAUUUUCUUUGUGAAGUAAAACACUAGAGUUUAGAGGUCUUUUAAUUCUCCACGUAAAACGCUCGUUGUGCUAAUUUACAAGCGAAUGAUUGAAAUAUUUUUAAAGCAGACGAGAAAAGCGGGGAAGAAUUUCUGUGACUCCUUUUUUUCCCAAAAUAUUCAACACUGCUAGAUGGCCACGAUGGAAAACCGCACGAAGAGUGUCCUGCCUGGCUCUGAGAGGAUGCCGAAGUUGACUGACAGAGUAACUUCUGUUGUUUUUUUGAACGUUGGAAAAAGAAUGGUAUCGAGAAAAUUUCGGAACCCGUUAACUCCAGAAGUGUCAGGACCUGUUCUGCGUUCGAACGGUGACCUUGUAUAAUGACGAAUCGAGUUUUUAGACGGGCAGUACGGUACUUCGCUCCUUAAGCUACCUUCUCUCCCGAGAAUGCCCAGAGCGCGCUAAACCUAGCGGGGGUUUUCAACUUUACUCCCGUACUUCGGAGAUUGACUGGGCGUAGCUGUGGGUGUCUGCAGGGGAAGAAGAGAGAACUGGCGUCAUAAAAUGGUAAUUUCACGGAUCGGAAACAAUCGGUACCUUUAGCGUACUGUCAGGUUUACAAGAAAUAUCGUUUCGUUUACCUUUUUCUUAUACCUGGGCCGAAUUAAAUACUUUCCUAAAAAGAAUACGGGGGGUGAGGAAUAUCAGACGUUCUUCCACGUAGAGCGCGUGCGUCGCCUUACAGUGAGUAGGCGAGAGACCGAUUUCUCGGCCUUCUCCUGAAGGGGACCUGUGUGAUGGGUAGAGCAAUGUGAGCUUAUGUGAACGUAAGAAGAAUUUGUCAAGGUGAAAUGACAUUGGCCAGUGGAGUGUCACCCGCCUAUAUGAAGUCGGGAUAGAUUAAGGGAACAUUCUGUGAUCGUGGGAAACAUCCUGUAUCACCAGCCUUGGGUUUCUUGUACUGUUAUAAAUCUGUAAUAAAAUUCCAAAGUGGUAUCUUA